CACCCGUUGAGGAGCAGCCCCGGUCGUCACGGAUGUGCUGUAGUGGUUUGUCUGCCUCCUUGUUCAGAUGCCGAUUAGCUGUCGCGUGAACCAACAAGUAGGAGUGUUACAACGUUAAACGCGAGCGAUUUUGUGUGUGUAGCUGCUUUCAUUUAAUGGUUAUGAUGAGGUCGUGACCCUGGAUCCGCCAAGCCUUGAGAUGGUAGCAGCUUGGAAAAGCAAAAACGGAGCAAGAGUGAUUUAAGACUGAAGAAUGGGCAGAGCGUCUGUGGCUGCUGGAAGGGCUUUUCAACGGCGGUGCUCUAUGGCUCUUUGACCUUGUUUAUGUCCAUCCUCCACAACGUGUUCCUCCUUUACUAUGUCGAGACGUUUGUGUCCAUUUACAAGAUUGAUAAAUCUCAUUCUGGGUGGGAGAGACGGUGUUCUUCUUCUAUGGAACAGCCUGAAUGACCCUCUCUUUGGGUGGCAUGACCGCUCGUUUCUCAGUUCUUCUCAGCUUGGCCCCCAGAUCAUAUCUCCAGAUGUGGUGCUGAAGCGCCUGAAGGCCUUGUCCAGGAGUGGCCCCCUUUUUGCGCUGUCGUUCCUCGCCUUCUGGGUGGCGUGGGCCAGGCCCAGCCUGCAGUUCCUGGUGUGCCUUUGUUUGUACGAUGGCUUCCUCACGAUGGUUGACCUCCACCACAGUGCCCUGCUGGCUGACCUUGCCAUGUCCGCUGCUGACCGCACUCGCCUCAGCUUCCACUGCUCAGUGUUCAGUGCUUUGGGUUCCUUCUCCGUGUUUCUCUCCUAUUCCUUCUACAAGGAGAACUUCAACUCCUUCCGUCUCUUCUGUGUGACACUGUCAGCGUUUUCCAUCUUGGGCUUUGUGUUGGUGUCCCAGAUGCUGCAGAGUCGUUUUAGAAGAGAACCUCGGACAAGGAAAGAUGAGGAGCUAACAAUCAAAGAGCUAACCGUGGGAAAUGCUCCACUAACCAAUCCAGAUAAACCUGUCACUGUUGGGCAAUACCUCAGGCAGCUCUCCAGGCACAGAAACUUCAUGUGGUUCGUGUCAAUGAACCUUAUUCAGGUUUUUCACUGCCAUUUCAACAGCAACUUUUUCCCUCUGUUCUUGGAGCAUCUUCUAUCUGAUACUAUAUCUGCAUCUACAGGUUCUAUUUUACUGGGGAUCUCUUACAUUGCUCCCCACCUGAACAACCUGUAUUUUCUAACACUGUGCCAGCGCUAUGGGGUUUACCAGGUUAUCCACUGGUUAUUUCUGGUAAAGCUAGGACUCAGUGUGGCUAUGCUGCUGUCGGGGGCUGACCACGUUUACUUGCUGUGCGUUUUCAUUGCUAGUAACCGGGUGUUUACAGAGGGGACCUGCAAGCUGCUGAAACUGGUCGUAUCUGACCUGGUGGAUGAAGACUUUGUGCUGAAUCGACGCAAACAGGCCGCCUCCGCUCUCCUCUUCGGGAUGGUGGCUUUGUUAACUAAACCAGGUCAAACAUUCGCCCCUCUCAUUGGCACCUGGCUACUGUGUGUUUACACAGGUUAUGACAUCUUUGAAAGGGAACCUGCAAAAGACUCUGUCAUUUCUGCACCCGCCGUCGCCUCUGGCUCAGUAACUCCGCCUCUGCGUCUGGGCUGCUUCUACAUGUUGGUGUUUGUGCCCAUCACGUGCGCCCUGUUCCAGCUGGCCUGCUGGUCACGCUUCACACUUCACGGGCGCAAGCUGCAGGAGAUUAAAAACCUACGACAAGGAAGCCAACACAUUCACCUUCUGGACAUUAAAGCCAUAUGAGCUGAGCGGAGCAGGGAGAAGCUGCACACAGGCACUUUCCAGAGAACAGUCAAAGCUGACUGGAACACGGCUUGUAAGAAGAUCAACAAUGCCACCAGGAAGAAGAACAAGGAAUGUUAUUAAAAAAAAAAUUAAUCCUGCCUUAUUUUUUAUUGAUAGACUGAACUGUAUUUAUAUUUUGAACAGAUGACCAAAAUGUAAUGUAGAACCAAACACUCCUUUGGUUCUGCUGGGCCCAAAAUGACUUUUCACGGUGUGGACCCAAGACGAGAUGGUUUCAUGCCAUUGUCUGUGUUUUUUGUUUUGUGUAGCUCAGGUGCUUGUGGAAAGUUGAAGUCUGCAGCUACUGAUUUAAUGUGAACAGGUUCUAGACAAAUUCCACAUGUGCAGAGUGAUACUGCACGAACACUUAUAUUUUGAUUCUUCUGUUUUCACACUUUGUCGCGUCAGUGUAACAGUGAAACAUGUUUCAUGAUCCCCCAGUGUUCCUUUUGGAAUAGAAAAACUGCCAUUGUCCUUCUAACAUUUUGUAUGGAGGAUAUGUAUCUCCUGCAGAACAUGUGUUUCAGAAGAAUUAUUCUAAUAUUUGAGGCUUUUGCGUUGUAAGAAAUAGGUCAGUGUUGAAAGUCAACCACAUUCUGCUGUGGCUCUAAAGCAGUCAAACCACUAAAUAUAAAGCUGUUGCUUUGUUGAAAAAA